CUGUACAUUAUCUCUAGGGUGACGUACCUCAAACGAUGCGGAGAGAAACUUUUUUCCAAUGGUGUCGGCGCAAAUAACAUGAAAAUGAAUUUCCCAAGGUUGGGACUAGUUUCCUAUCUUCUGCUAGGUUUUCUAUUAGGUAAUGUAGUCGUUCACGGAGAUAUUUUUACGUCUACGGACAGAAUGGGAGCGUUGCUGGUUCUCGAGGAGAAAUUACUCAAGGCUGUGGACACUUAUAUUAAGGUGCAGGCCAAUGCUGAGAGAAAUGUGGAACCUGAAUGGGAAAACGUAUAUAAAGAACUGAAGGCUUUUCACGACAAGGAUGUCAGUAGAGUUAAUUUCUUAGAGAAUCCCAUUAAUAGUUACCACCUGGCUAGGCGGAUGACGUCUUCUUGGGUGGAUCUGAUAGAUUACAAUCAUAUCGAUGAUGAUUCUUCAGUGAUCGAUGUUGCGUCGGUGAUUGGCUAUGCCUCAGCUCAUGGGGUUAAAAAACUUUACACGCGAGCAAAGAAGAAAGGACAGUGGCCCUUGGACAAUGACAGCAAGGGUACAGCGCUCUCACUGGUCCGUUUGUCUAACGUGUACUCGUUGAACCUGACGGAACUCCUCGAGGGACGAAUCUACGACAGUCAGACAAACCCAAUCACUGAUGACGACCUCUUUCAUAUCGUGAAGACUUUAGAUGAGAAAGGAAUGUAUUACGAAUGUCUCAAGUGGCUGAACGCAGGCUUGUAUAGAGCAAUAAGUGGAGUUAACAAGAAAGAUGCAAUAAAGUUUUAUCGGAACAUGGCCAGUAUUUACCACAGGGAAUCAAUGUCAUGGAAAGCCUUGGAAAUGACAAAGAAAGCCUUGAAACUGGCGCCUGACAACAAAGCCCUGAAGAGGGACAUUGCCUUUUUCCAGACAAGAGCAGACAAAGUUCCCAAAAGCAAGAGAAAACAUACAAUUCGUCGAAAAAAACACUCCAAACUGAUCCAAAAGUACGAGGCUCUUUGCAGCGGUAAAAAGGGAACUCCGAAAAAUGGUAUAUGUCAGUACAAGAAAACGAAGAUACCAGUUUACGUCUCGAAAGAAGAGAUUCUCUCCCUGGAUCCAAGAAUAAGCAUGUUUUAUGACGUCAUAUACGAGAGCGAAAUGCAGCACAUCAAGGAUUUGGCACUGAAGAUGCUGAGCCGGUCAGUAGUCAUCGGGCAGGAGAUCAUGUCGGACAUGCGCAUAAGUCAGAGUGCUUGGCUGAAGGACAAUGAUGAGGUCAUAAGCAGGGUCACGCAUAGAGUGGAGUUAAUUACAGGGAUGUCUCUGGAGGAGAAAAAAUACUCCAGCCAUUCAGAAGAGCUACAGGUGCUGAAUUAUGGAAUAGGGGGAAUGUACGAGCCGCAUUAUGACUUUUUUAAUAAUUCUAACACCAAAAUGAAUGGAGAAUCCAUGGAACUUUACCAUUCUGGUGACCGAGUGGCCACAUUUCUGUUUUAUCUGAACGACGUAAAAGCAGGGGGUGCCACUGUUUUCCCAGAAGUCAGUGUGAGAGUUCCUGUGAAAAAGGGAGCCGCGGCAUUCUGGUAUAACUUAAGGCGCCAUACAUGGGGAGACAACCGAACUCUUCACGCUGGCUGCCCUGUGCUGUUGGGCUCCAAAUGGGUGUCUAACAAAUGGAUUCGGUUAAAUGGAAACAUGUUCAAUGCAAAAUGUGGCUUGACCUAUGAUGCAACGUAUGAGCUGUAGAAUAAAGAUUCGUCACGCGACCACGUGCAUAAAACGUCACAGUAUCGUGUGUUUGUGACAUCACAUUUUUGAGGUGCAUAUGAUGUAUGAAAUGAGAUGAGAAACACGAGUAUAUAGUAUAUGUGGCGGGCAGUGUGAGUGUAAUUUCUUCCAAUCAAACGCUUUAGUAUCAGACUGUAUGGGCUUUAUUCACAACGUCUUGCAGCAAUGGAAGUAUAGUCGUCAAAAUUCUAAUUUUUUUCACUCCCGUGCUUCCAUAUUAAUAAUACACAGGGGAUAUACAAGCGUGCAUACAGAAUGCAUGUAUACAGUCCAAAUUAUAGAUCAAAACAUUCAUCCGGGGAUUUAGCAUAUACGGUGAUGAAUAGAAAGAAAAGUUGUUUUAUUUCAAGUGCCCAAGCGUGGAUUCGUAACCUGUGUGUAAUUUAUAUUCAGUUAUGACUGCAAAUUUUGAUGAUUAGAAAAAACACCGCU